AUGUGGGAACAACUGUCGAUCAACCGGCCGCAUCUGGUCUACAUUAUUCUCGGAGGCUUCACAACGCUGUUCAUGCUGUGUUCUUCCAUCAUCAAGGAGAGACUAUACAUAGGUGAAGCUACGGUCGCUACACUUUGCGGUAUCAUCUUCGGUCCUCACGCUGCAAACUUGAUCAACCCUCUGACAUGGGGCAAUCCGGAUCAAAUCACUCUCGAGUUCUCUCGAAUCGUCCUGGUCGUACAAUGUUUCGCCGUGGGCGUCGAAUUGCCCAAGGCUUACAUGGAAAGGCAUUGGAGGUCGGUAACUUUCUUGCUGAUCCCAGUCAUGACAUUCGGCUGGCUCAUCACCAGUUUGUUCAUCUGGGCUGUCAUGUCGCCCAAUCUGAAUUGGCUUGAAAGUCUGACGAUCGCGGCUUGUGUCACCGCCACCGACCCUGUCCUGGCGUCCUCGGUCGUUGGAAAGGGCAAGUUCGCAAAACGGGUUCCCAAACAUCUGCGAGAUCUCUUGUCCGCCGAGUCUGGCUGCAACGAUGGCAUGGCGUUUCCGUUCAUCUACCUGGGCCUCUACCUGCUCAAGUACCGUCCUCACGCGAGUGAAGUCGCAUAUCACUGGUUUUGCUUCACUGUCCUGUACGAGUGUAUCUUUGGCGCAUUCUACGGCGUUUGUGUGGGCUACAUCGCUCGAAGGGCCGUUCGCUAUGCCCACGAGCGAGACCUAAUCGAUCGAGAGUCGUUCCUGGUGUUCUACUUUGUUCUAGCGUUGUUCUGUGCCGGGUCUGGUUCGCUGCUUGGUCUGGACGACCUACUCGUUGGUUUCGCUGCGGGCGUGGGUUUCAGCAACGACGGCUGGUUCACUGAAAAGACCGAGGAAUCUCACGUGUCCAACGUUAUCGACUUGUUGAUCAACUUGGCUUUCUUCGUGUACUUCGGAACAAUCAUUCCGUGGGCGCAGUUCAACAACGGAAAUCUUGGUCUGGACGUUUGGAAGCUGGUUGUCAUUGCCAUAUUGGUUCUGUUCUUCCGGCGCAUUCCAAUCAUGUUGGCAUUGAAACCAGUCAUUCCUGACAUCAAGACAUGGCGAGAGGCGCUGUUCGCUGGCCAUUUCGGACCUAUUGGAGUCGGUGCCAUCUUUGUGGCAAUCCUUGCAAGAGCAGAGCUCGAGACGGACAGCACAACGCCUCUCUCAGCUCUUCCUCCAGAGUCCACAGAAGAAUACAACGUGAUCUACUUGAUUUGGCCCAUUACAUGCUUCCUCGUAAUUUGCUCAAUCGUUGUGCAUGGAUCCUCCAUCGCCGUUUUCACGCUCGGCAAGCACAUCAACACGCUCACCCUGACCAUGAGCUACACCAAAGGCAACGAUGAACCAUCGUGGAUGGAACGGCUGCCGAGGAUUCAAUCUCGCUCCAAGAGUAUGAUGUCUGCGCAGUCUCUCGAUGAGAAGUCAGGCCCCGACACCCUACCUAUGGCUACUCCCGGUACCUUCCUGCGUCGACAAAAGGAGGAAGACAAUCCUAGCAGAGCACAGAGUCGUGCAUCCUCCCGUCGCCGGUCGAGGAGCAGUAAAGGAAAGACAUGGGACUACGGCAUUGGACCGGGUGGUCCUGUCAGCCAAUCGGCUAUCGAGCCGGCUCGUCGGAGGAACAGCCUCGACCAACAGCAGAGUCGCAGCGACUCUGACACUCUUGCAAUGAGAAGUGAUCCACCGUCGGAUGCCAAGAUCAACUCUGAGGAUAAAGACAACGUCAGUCCAGGAGAAGCCGGUGAGAUAUACGAGGAAGGAGGGCACACUGUUUACGAGGACGAAGACGGCAACGUGCUCGCAGUGGAGAAGAGUAAUGUCGGCGAGCCUAGAGAUGCUCGGCAGCGUGAUGAAGUUCGGGAAGGAGAGCGUUWAAUGCACGAGUCAGGAGCGGACCGACAUCAUGGCGUGGCUCCACGUACGGAGCCUAGCACAGAUUCUGGCGAAGACGAAAAGGAAGACCAGACGUCAGCGCAAGAGGAAGCCGGAAAGAUGCCAGAGCGACCGGCCAAGAAUUGGCGCAACGGUUUGAACGUCGUGGGCACCAUGAACCGCCUCCGCAGGCGUGAUACCGGCGGACAAGCAGAGUCAAAGCCUGAGCAACCAAGAAAGCAGGCCAGCGGUCCUGCUCGUGCUUAUCAAUACGGCAAUACCAUCAUUGUCGAAGAUGAGGACGGAGAGGUGAUCAAGAAGUAUGACAUCCCUGGACCCGAGAGGAAGGGAAGCACCACUGCCGAUCCAGAAAAGUCCAAGCAGAGACUCGGUCAAAUGAGCAAAAUGCUCGGUCUGAGCGGCAAGGAGCAGAAGGACAACGUCGAUGGUGGGUCCGACAAGGCGCGUGCGCCUGCGGGUGACGACGACGACGAUGACGACCGUAUCCGCUUCACGAUAACUGCCGGCGGUAGACGGAUGAGCAAGGCUCAAUUCAUCGACCAAAUCCGAGGAAUGGACCCCAAGUCGCGCGUUCAAGCUGUCGAAGACAGCAAUGCGCCAGAAGCGGUGAAACGUGAGGCGAGAAAGGACUUCAGAGAGCAGUCUCUGGCUGCUGGCGAGUCGAGUGACGCGCCUCCACCCUUGGACCGAAAGACUUCAAGAAGAGGCCGCAAGGAAGCUGACACAAACGACAAAGCCGCUCUGAAGAGAACCUUCAGCAAAGAAUCGAACGAGCUGAUGUUGGUGGACACCAACCAGAAGGAGGUCCCCAUCCACAACGUUUCUUCAGAUUUGCGAAAUCGACGUCGACAAGGGGAUGAGGGCGAGACUGCCGCAGAGCGGCGGCGACGGCAGGCACUGGAGCAGCCACAAGCCGAUGAAGAUUCCGAUGACGAUGGAACUGAUCGCGUUCCACCAAAUUGCCGUGCUGUCCCUGCAGGUAGCACACCUGGUCAGCGCCAUACCAGCAACUCUGGCGAGACUGCUGCCGAGCGACGGCGGCGAGAGGGCGCAUUGGGCAUCACGGAGGAGGCAGGCAGCGACAGCGAGGAUGACAACCAACCUCGCGAGCCACCUCGCAACAUUCGCUUUGCGGAUCAACAGCCAUCUCAAGGUUCGCAACYUAGGCAGAGCGUGAGGUGGGGGACGAAUGUGGGUCGGUAG